AUGGGGACAACGUGGGGAAGGGACGGUGGGGGGGGGGAGGGGGAGGGUGGGGGGGGGGGGGGGGACCCAAAUCACGGUAGGGGGAGGGAUAGGGGCGGAGGGAGUAGAGUGGGGGGAGGGGUGAGAUGCGAGGGGGGGAGUGUCGGCGGGGGGAAGGGGGUGGGGGGGAGGGUCGGAGGGGGCGGGGUGAGCAGGAAAGGAGGGGGGGGGGGGGGGGUGGUGGGUUUAGGGGGACCGCGGGGGGGGGGGUCGAGGGGGGGCAAUGAGGGGGCGGGGGGGGGAGGGUCUGGGGGGGGGAGGCGUGGUGUGGGGUGGCAAAAGUGGGAGCUGAGGGGUGCGGGAUGGGGAGCGGGGGGGAGGGGGGGGGGGGGGAUGGGGGGGUGA